GCGCCGCGACCGCAGGGAUCGGAAAAGCGGCCGCAGCUUGGCCGGACCUACGCCUGCGAGCUCGCCACCCUACGCGCCUUCAGCUUCCCGGGCUGGCAGGCGACUAGUGGCGUCUGAGGAAGUGUUUAAAAUGAAGAAGUUUAAUUUCCGAAAAGUUUUGGAUGGUUUAACUGCCUCCUCCCCUGGCAGUGGUAGCAGCAGUGGCAGUAACAGUGGUGGUGGGGCUGGAAGUGGUUCCCUGCAUCCAGGAGGAACUGCAGGGAUUCUUAGAGAGGAGAUUCAGGAAACCCUGACUUCAGAGUAUUUCCAGAUUUGCAAGACUGUUCGGCAUGGUUUUCCUUAUCAGCCCACAGCAUUGGCCUUUGAUCCGGUUCAGAAAAUCUUAGCUAUUGGAACAAGGACAGGUGCUAUACGAAUACUUGGUAGACCUGGAGUUGAUUGUUAUUGCCAACAUGAAAGUGGUGCAGCUGUCUUGCAGCUACAAUUCUUGAUCAAUGAGGGUGCUUUGGUCAGUGCAAGUUCAGAUGAUACACUUCAUUUGUGGAACCUUAGACAAAAAAGACCUGCUAUUCUUCAUUCUCUUAAAUUUAACCGAGAACGAAUUACUUACUGUCAUCUACCUUUCCAGAGUAAGUGGCUCUAUGUUGGAACAGAAAGAGGAAAUACACAUAUUGUAAAUAUUGAAUCUUUCAUUCUUUCUGGAUAUGUUAUCAUGUGGAACAAGGCAAUUGAACUGUCCACCAAGACUCAUCCAGGUCCUGUUGUACAUUUAAGCGAUAGCCCAAGAGAUGAAGGCAAACUGCUAAUAGGUUAUGAAAAUGGUACUGUAGUAUUCUGGGAUUUGAAAUCUAAAAGAGCAGAACUGAGAGUUUAUUAUGAUGAGGCUAUUCAUUCAAUUGAUUGGCAUCAUGAGGGCAAACAGUUCAUGUGCAGCCAUUCAGAUGGUAGCUUGACUUUAUGGAACCUAAAAAGUCCAAGUCGCCCUUUCCAGACCACAGUUCCACAUGGAAAAAGUCAAAGAGAAGGAAGAAAAUCUGAAUCUUGCAAACCAAUUCUUAAAGUAGAAUACAAGACCUGCAGAAACAGUGAACCAUUCAUAAUAUUCUCUGGUGGGCUGUCCUAUGACAAAGCUUGCAGAAGACCAAGUUUAACCAUCAUGCAUGGAAAAGCAAUUACAGUACUUGAAAUGGAUCAUCCUAUUGUUGAAUUUCUAACUUUAUGUGAAACACCCUAUCCAAAUGAAUUUCAAGAACCCUAUGCUGUCGUAGUACUUCUGGAGAAAGAUCUCAUUGUAGUUGAUCUGACACAAAGCAAUUUUCCUAUCUUUGAAAAUCCAUAUCCCAUGGACAUUCAUGAAUCACCAGUUACAUGCACAGCAUAUUUUGCUGAUUGUCCUCCAGACUUGAUUUUAGUACUGUAUUCUAUUGGAGUCAAGCAUAAAAAACAAGGCUACAGUAAUAAGGAGUGGCCAAUCAGUGGAGGAGCUUGGAACCUUGGAGCACAAACAUAUCCAGAAAUUAUUGUUACUGGUCACGCAGAUGGAGCAAUAAAAUUUUGGGAUGCUUCUGCAAUAACUCUGCAGAUGCUGUACAAGCUAAAAACUUCAAAAGUCUUUGAAAAACAGAAGGUAGGAGAAGGCAAACAAACAUGUGAAAUUGUAGAAGAAGAUCCAUAUGCUAUUCAGAUGAUUUACUGGUGUCCAGAAAGCAGAAUAUUUUGUGUAUCAGGAGUCUCUGCCUACGUCAUAAUUUAUAAAUUCAGCAGACAUGAAAUUACAACAGAAAUAGUGUCAUUAGAGGUACGACUUCAGUAUGAUAUUGAAGAUAUUAUUACUCCUGAACCAGAAACAAGUCCUCCAUUUUCAGAUCUCUCAUCCCAGCUUCCUUCUUCAAGGAGUCUUUCAGGGAGCACUAACACCGUGGCUAGUGAAGGAGUCACAAAGGACAGUAUCCCAUGCCUCAAUGUUAAGACACGACCCGUGCGAAUGCCCCCAGGAUAUCAAGCAGAACUUGUUAUUCAGUUGGUGUGGGUAGAUGGUGAACCUCCUCAACAGAUUACUAGUCUUGCCAUAAACUCAGCAUAUGGAAUAGUUGCCUUUGGAAACUGCAAUGGGUUGGCUGUGGUGGAUUUUAUACAGAAGACAGUACUGUUAAGCAUGGGGACCAUUGACCUUUAUAGAUCAAGUGACCUAUAUCAGCGACAACCACGUUCUCCUCGAAAGAACAAACAGAUCAUUGCAGACAACUUUUGCAUGCGUGGCCUGUCUAACUUUUAUCCUGAUUUAACGAAACGGAUCCGUACUUCUUACCAGAGUUUAACUGAGUUGAAUGAUAGUCCAGUACCACUGGAACUUGAACGUUGCAAGUCUCCCACUUCAGGACUUGCUACCAGAAUUCCUGAGGCAGCAGCAGGCUUUUAUAGGAAUGACAUUCCAGCUGUGAGACAGAGGAAUCAAGUACAUCACUUGCCAGGUGAAGUUAAAGGAUCAAGAAAGUUAAGUCUGCCAACAGAUCUUAAAGCUGAUCUUGACCAUGUAAAUGGACACUGCACAAGUCCAACUUCUCAGAGUUGCAGUUCUGGAAAACGUCUUUCUAGUGCUGAUGUUUCAAAAGUAAAUCGCUGGGGUCCUGGAAGACCACCUUUUCGAAAGGCUCAGUCAGCUGCUUGCAUGGAGAUUUCUUUACCAGUUACAACAGAAGAGAACCGAGAGAAUUCAUAUAAUCGUUCCAGAAGCUCUAGCAUAUCCAGUAUUGACAAAGAUUCUAAAGAAGCAAUUACAGCUUUAUACUUCAUGGAAUCCUUUGCACGGAAAAAUGACUCUACCAUCUCUCCUUGUCUGUUUGUUGGAACCAGUCUGGGAAUGGUAUUAAUCAUCUCCCUAAACCUACCAUCAACAGAUGAACAAAGGUUUACAGAGCCGGUUGUGGUAUUGUCAAGUGGUACAUUCCUCUCAUUGAAAGGAGCUGUUCUAACAUUUUCCUGUAUGGACCGAACUGGUGGAUUAAUGCAACCACCAUAUGAAGUUUGGAGGGAUCCAAACACCAUGGAUGAAAAUGAAAAAACUUGGAAAAGGAAAUUGGUCAUGAACUCCUCCUCUUCAUCCCAAGAAAUAGGAGAUCAUCAGUAUACAAUAAUUUGCUCAGAAAAACAAGCCAAAGUCUUUUCACUGCCUUCUCAGACUUGCCUUUAUGUUCAUAACAUCACCGAAACAUCUUUUAUACUGCAAGCAAACAUCGUGGUCAUGUGUAACAGUGCCUGCUUGGCAUGCUUUUGUGCUAAUGGGCAUAUCAUGAUAAUGAGCCUACCUAGCCUUCGCCCAAUGUUGGAUGUUAAUUAUUUGCCACUGACAGACAUGAGGAUAGCACGGACAUUUUGUUUUACCAAUGAAGGACAGGCAUUGUACCUUGUCUCUCCUACUGAAAUUCAGCGGUUAACAUACAGCCAGGAAAUGUGUGAUAAUCUACAGGACAUGCUUGGAGAUUUGUUUACUCCCAUAGAGACACCAGAAGCUCAGAAUAGAGGCUUUCUUAAGGGACUGUUUGGUGGAAGUGGACAAACAUUUGACAGAGAAGAGCUCUUUGGGGAAGCCACAGCAGGAAAAGCGUCUCGCAGCCUUGCACAGCACAUUCCCGGACCAGGGGGUAUAGAAGGGAUGAAAGGCGCUGCUGGGGGGGUCAUGGGAGAGCUGACCCGUGCCCGGAUUGCCCUCGACGAGAGAGGACAGAGACUAGGCGAGCUGGAAGAGAAGACUGCAGGCAUGAUGACCAGCGCAGAAGCAUUUUCCAAACAUGCACAUGAGUUAAUGCUGAAAUAUAAGGAUAAGAAAUGGUACCAAUUCUGAACUCCUUAAGAAGCUAUGACAGCUUUGAGAAACCAUUAUUCAGGGAAACCAAAUUUAUUCCCAGCAUCACUAUUCAACUGCUAGAAGCCAGUUUCUUCUAUAAAAUGUUCCAUCACAAUCCAUCUGAAGUUAUCAUAAAGGAGACUUAUCAAAGACGCUGUACAACCCAAAGGCUGGAACCCUGGUUAAAAUCCCAAGAUAAUGACUGAAUUUGUCUUUUCCCAUGUGGAAUGGAGCAUCAUCUUAGCAUGUAAUUUGCUAAGGAUUUACAUUUAGGAACUGCGGGAAGUCCUUUUGAUUUGAAAAUUCCUGUACAAACAAAAGCAUUAAUGCACUUAAUGAAAAAAAUCUUUGCAUGAUAAAUUAACAUCUUAAGAGGAAAAGAAAAAAAGCAUGUUGUGACAGAAGAAAAAAAGAAUUAUGGUAAACUAUUUUUAUAAAUUGGGCCACACCCAACAAUUUAAAAGUCUGCAUUAGAAGACAUCAAUGCAUUUCAAGUAUAUUUGCCAUACCCAACUGAAAAGGAAAACAAAAACCCAGAGUUCUCAUCUGUAAUUUUCAUUUUACUAGGACAUUAUUGAAUUCUUAUGGCAAGAGUCUGAUUAACAUUUCUCUCCCUCCUUAGUAUUUUACAUCAUUCACAAUUCUUAGUCAUAAUCGAGUAUUACUAGUAUAGUAAAUUAUUCCCAACACAGUUUUUCCAUUUCUGUCACCUUCAGAAUGGGUUGCUAUUUUUAAUCAUAAACCAUGCAGGGUUGGAUUACCUUAAAGCAUUUUUUUCAGCCUGGCUUGUACACUGCAGGGGAGUUGAUGACAAGUUUAGGGAACAGGCUAUAGGAACAAAGCAGUUAGCUUUGAGAACUGACUUCUCAAAGGGUGAAAUUUCACAUACUCCAAUUUCGGUUUCUAAAGUGAUAUAUUUUUAAAGCUCCAUUUGUAUCCUUGUCUGUCAGUUACACAGUAUAUUACUGUUCAAACUCAGUAGGGUCUACAAUCCAAGGUGCUUUUGCAGCCUGACUUUCACAGACCAAACUGGUCAUUCUCGUUAGUGUGAUUCAGUAAAACCUCAGUUAAUGUUUUGAGAAAGGGAUUCUGAUUUAUUACAUUUCUGAUUAAUAAGGGCUUUCAUUAGAAGAUACUUUUUUGGUUCAAUACUAUUAAUGGAAAUCUUUUUAAAAUAUAGUGGUCUUGGCCUCCAUUAUCAUUAUGAACAAUAAAAAUAAUGAUGCAAAAUCAAUUUUGUCACUAAUUAGAUCAACUAAUAUAAGCCACCUGAUUAUGUUGAUAAAUACCAAACACUGGUUAUUAAAAACUCUCAAAAUGGAGCAAAGAAUAUACUUAACAUGACAAGUUUUUAAUCAUAUUUCAAAAGAGAAGUACUAAAGACAAAACAAAAUAAAGACACUAGCCAUCACUAUUAACAUGAUUCUGGAAGUCAAAAGUCACAGGAAUACACACACACACACACGCACACACACACACACACACUAUAGGACCCAUCUUGUAAUAUCUUGUUCCUUCAAAAAGAAUUCUUUUUAAAUUAUAGAUUUGGCUUGUUGGGCUUUUACUUAUCAAGGUCUUACUGGAUUUACAUUUCUGUUUCUUAAGAAUUUACCAUUUUCUUGGGUUUGGUUUAUUUUAAGCCAAAACUAGUAUUUGUUUAGUUUUUUUGCUUAGAAGUGGUGCUUCCUUUAAAAUAUCCUCCAUGAUUUUGAAACAAGCAAAGAUUAUUGAAAGAGUCAGAAAAUGUAUAGUAGGAUAGCAUUUCUCAGAGUCCUUGAAUUCUCCUGAUUUCUUAAAAAAGCCUCCCCAUUAAUCUUUCAGGCUCCUAUAAUAGUCUUAGGGUAACAGAACCUGGCUUGGAAAUAUAGAUAUGACACAUAAAAUAAUAAAGUAAAAAUAUAAAGAAACUUGAGGUCAGGAUUUGGAAAAUAUUGGCAACCAAAUUGCAACACACUGUAUAUACCAUCAGUUUCAAGCACCCAGUUUUCAGACUUUUCUGGAUAAAUGCCCUAUCGUUCCUACAUUUUAAAAAUAAAAGAGUGAUAAUGAUUUUAGGAAUAAGUGAAACUAAGUCCACAGUAGCAUUAAGUUAAAGACUAUCACUGAAAUCCUCAGUAAGAUUUAAUUUGUUCUGUGUUGAGGCUACAGCUUAGUGGCAGAGCACUUUUCUACUAUGAAUAAGGCCCUCAGUUCAAUCUCCAGCAAACCCCACCACACACACACAUACACACGAUUUAACCUGUUCUAUAUCAAGGCUUCUCAUUAGCAUUAUUAGCACGAAGUUCUUUCAUUUGGAGAACUGUCCUGUGUAUUACAGGAUGUUUGCAACAUCCCUGGCCUUUGCCCACUAGAUACCAGUAGAAACCCUAUAAUGGCAAUCAAAAAUGUCUCCUGCCAUUGCCAAAAUUGCUCCAAGUUGAGAGCCACUAUUACAUAUCAUUUGAAGAAACAGAUUGCAAAAUAUGUAAUAUAUGUCUUGUAUAAAACUGCACACCAUAACUACAUAUUGUCUUAGCAAGAUAAAUUAUAUCCAAAAUUACCUGUGUAUUCAUAAGCAAUAAAAUACAAUUUUGAGGCAAUUUUAUGAAUCAGUGAAAAACAAUAUAGAAUAUUUUAAAGCACACUAAGAAAAUACCAAACGGAUACUAGCAUUUCACAAUGGAAGUGCUUUAAACUCCAGCUUCAAUAACUAGAUCAAAAGUUUAUAAUUAGCACAUUCUUUGGAAGUAAACAGGUACUUCUGAAUUGCUUGAAAAGAUCGGAUUCUUCUAAGUAGUUUAAAUGUCCUUACAAAAUUGUUUUUAUAAGCCCUUUCUUAAUGCCCUUCAUCCCACAGCCCUUCACCCCACAAGUUCCUGACUAGUGGAAUCAAAAUUAAUGAGGUUUUACUGUAUCAAAAUUAUUUUGUAAUUCAAAGAGAUAGCAAUAACAAGAAUCUAAUGGGGAUGUGAUUUUUCUCUUUGAACAUUUCUGUUCUGUUCACUGACUUUAGCGCACAUGCACACACACACACACACUCACCACCCCCAUCUCAUCAUUGUCAUCAUCUUGGGAAAAUGAGGACUGUUGAUCCACAUAAUUUUUUGCAUCUUCUCAACUUCCUUCUAUCUUGGAACAUAAGAAAAAUAUUCCUAGUAACUUGUACAAUGAUACAGAAAACAACCCUGAGCCUUGGUUACCAUCAAAAUUGAAAACUGCAUUAUAUCUGCUAAGGUAACAUCAGGAGAUAAGACUUAUAAACUAUAGUCUUGACAAGUUGACUUUGCCUUCCUAUGACUCCCUUAAGACAUAAACCUGUUUUAGUGUUCCAGCAGAAAAUGAGCCUUUCCAUGCUGUUUAUCAAUGAGAAGAUGGAAGUAUUUGUUUCCCAGUUCUAAUAAUAAUGUAAGCAAUAAUCCCUACCAUAAAAUUAUCCAUUUUUCUUGCAUUGGAGGGACAAUGAAUGGUUUAUCAUUUAUUUUAAUCCCCUUUAAAAAGAGUACUGCCUACAUUUCAGACUUAAGUGUCCCAGUCACCAAUCAGGGUCAUCAUCUGACAGUGUUUUUGGUAGGACAGUCCCAGAGCCAAAUGAGAUGUUUUCAAGUAAUUCAGUCAUAAAGGCGAUUUUUUCAAAUCUAUAGAAAUUGAUUCUCAAUAAGACAAAUCCAGGCCUCUGCCCGCAAAGAUUUUAAAGAAUCCCUUUUAAUACCAUCCACAUAUGCAGUUUUAAAGGUACCCAUUAUCUACAUGACUCUGGGAGAAAAAAAAAUAAGAGUAGGUAUGAAAUUAGUUGAAGAUUAAGGUAGGUUCUUUAACAUACUUGACAAUGUUGGGACAGAAGAGAAAAAUGAAACUGAUAGAAAAGUAAAUGAAAAGUCCUCUCCUUGGCUUAGGAUUAUUGGGACGACCCAGAGUAUAUCUAAAUGACCACAGUCUGCCCCAUAGGAGAAAGGAAUACUGUACCCUGAACACACACACUGGUUCAGAGAGGACAAUGCCCAAAGGAGUCAGCAGGUCACAUCAGGUCUUGGCUCUCUGCAAGAAAUGUGACAGCCUUCACAGCUGCUUUACCAUGCUUCAUCACCCCCUCCAUUUUCAGACGGUCGCUAUUUCAUGUGCACAGUGCUCUGAGUGCCACAAAUACUGGUCAUGGACUUAGAUUGAACACUGUCUCCAACAUGUACCAUUCCAAGUGCAUGGUUGUCAACAUAAGGAGCUAAGUGUGCAUAUUUGCAAACCACAUAGCCCUGAGUGGAGAGAUGCAGGAAGGUAAGGUCUGACUUGGAGGAGGAGGAAGUGCCAAUGUGGCACAUGAGUGUGUGUGGGAGGAGGGACGUGGGUCUUGAGGAAGGUGGGAGAGGCUUUGAUGAGGAACAGAAGCACAGACAGAUAUCUUUAUUUAUAUAUUUCUCUAGAGGAGGAUCCUCAACCUUGACUGUACUUAUUACUUGAGAUUUUAAAAUUCCCAAUUAUAUAAAAAUUGCUUGGAGUAAGAACCAGACAUCAAUAUUUUUGAAAGCAUCUAGUGUGAUUCCAGUGUCCAGCCACAGUUGCUAACCACUACUUUAUGACCAGCUAAGAAAAACAUGUUUGUCUACCUUUUCCAGUGUCCCAGCCUCACUUCUAAAGGGUCUGGGAAGGCAAGAUGUAAGAGAUAAUAAUGUUACUGAAUUGAUACUUUUUCUGUGCCUCUCACAGAACAAGUGAAUUUCUGACUAGGCAAUGCCCCAUUACCUUUUAAUAAUUCUAUGAUAUAUGUGAAUUGCCCAUUAAUUAUUUCACUUCAAACAAAGUUUUUGAUUGUCUUCUAUAUGUGACGAAACAGGAUACCAGAAAUAUCAUGGUAUAUUAAACAGCAUGUGAAGUUAAAGGGAAAACUGAUUCUUAAUGUUUGGACAGUAGAAAUUCUCAAAGUAAUCAUUUAUUAAAUCGGGUCCAAAUUUAUUAUUCAUUCUUCUUUUGGAGGAG